CCUCUCCCUCCAAAACUUUGGUAACGCACAAACACGCAUAGAGAGUUAGGGUUUUGCUUGUUCUCUCUGCUCCAGGCCUAGGGUUUCCAAAAACGUUCAAAAUCGAGAGAAAAAGCGAUAGAUUCUGCAGCAAUGGCGAGGUACAGAAGCCGGAGCAGAAGCCGCAGCCCUCGCCGGCGGAGCAGAACCCCUCCGCGCGGCCGCAAGCGGUACGACGACGAACCUCGCGAUCGAUACCGCGAAGGCAGGUCGUAUAAAGACCGUCGCUCCCCUGCUCCUUCUGGCUUGCUCGUUCGCAAUCUCCCUCUUAACGCUCGGCCCGAAGAUCUAAGGAUCCCAUUCGAGCGGUUUGGCCCGGUGAAGGAUGUUUAUCUACCGAAGAACUACUAUACUGGGGAGCCACGAGGCUUUGGAUUUGUCAAGUACCGUUAUGGUGAAGAUGCUGCUGAAGCAAAACAACAACUGAACCAUACAAUUAUUGGUGGACGCGAGAUUAGAAUUGUGUUUGCUGAGGAGAACAGAAAAACGCCUCAAGAAAUGCGUACGACUUCCCGCGGAAGUAGUCGACAUGGAGGAAGCCAUAGAAGGAGAACUCCACCAAGGUCUCCUAGACGCCGAAACCACUCUUUCUCAAGGUCACCUUCACCAGCUAGGCGUGACUCAAGGGACCAUGGGGCUAGGGAUGAUUAUCUUUCUCCAGUGCGAUCUAGGUCAAUUUCACGAUCUCCUUCUCCACGUGAUGAAAGGGACUACAGAAGGGACUACAGAAGGUCCUUGAGUCCAAGGGAAAACGGUCGGAGUCCCCAUGAUGAGAGGAAAUAUGCACCAAAUAGGUCACUGAGUCCAAGGGGUAAUGAUCGCAGUCCUUCAAGAUCUCGGUCACGAUCCUACAGUUCUCGCUGAUGGUUGUCCUAUGUUGCUCUUCGCUGGUUCAGAGCUUACUUUGAGCAUUAAUUUGGCAGGAUGAAAAUGUGUUUUUGUAUUUUGGAAGGGCAUGAACAGUGUGACUUAUGUUACUAUAUGGUUGUGUUUUGUCGGAUUUAGUCCUUUAGUUUGUUAAUUAAAUGACUGCUUUUGACUUUUGGAGGAGCAUCAAAACGUUUAUAUGGUUGGUUUGGUUCUUGAAAAUCAUUUCCUGUUUGACCAAGCCACCGUUAGCAGCUUUAGGGGAAUAGACCAAUUGUUGUACAAAUUGCAAACUGUAGUUUUUAUUUUUAGUUAAUAUGUUUGUAAACUAUAUACAAUUUAUCCCCUAUAUAAGUGGAGUGGUGAUUGGUGCUGCCACAAAACCAUCCUUAUGAUUA